UGUCAGGGUGACGGGGUCCUCCGUGAUGCGCGGAGCCGCCACCAUGCAGCCGAGGUAGGAGACUGGAGGAGGUGAACGAACUUCGCGGAGGACGCAUCGACACAUCCCGGAGCAUCGAUCGGUUUUAUCGUCGUUUCAGCUGAUACCAUACGAUUGCCGCCGUGCAGCCACUACUAUUUAGUUCGAUGGUCAUCGCACUAGUGUUUGGUUGCCAGGGGGACUGGAUCUGAUCGUGCAUUGGCUGCCGUCGGUUAAGGGAAGCACAUUGAAGAAUGUCAACCUCUGAAGAUCAGGAACCACUAGAGGGGGGAGUGUCCCCAAAAGAGAGAUCAUCCCUUAUGAAGGUACCGUCUCUGAAGGUGAAAUUAUCCUCAGAAGAAUCACGCCCACAAGAGGCAAGAUCGCCAAAUGAAGCAACCUUCUCGCUGGAGACAUCUCUGACAGAAGCAACAAUCUUAGGAGAGGGAGAAUCCCGGACAGAGCCAACAUCACCAGGAAACCCAAAGUCCCCAGGAGAGGGAAUGUCCUCCACAGAGCCAACAUCACCAGGAAACCCAAAGUCCCCAGGAGAGAGAAAGUCCCCUACAGAGCCAACAUCACCAGGAAACCCAAAGUCCCCAGGAGAGAGAAAGUCCCCUACAGAGCCAACAUCUCCAGGAGAGUCAACAUUACCAAGAGACAAAAAGUCCCCUACAGAGCCAACAUCUCCAGGAGAGCCAAUGUUAUUAAGAGAGAAAAAGUCUCUCACAGAGCUAAAAUCUCCAGGAGAGGAAACAAUCCCAAGAGAUGGAACAUUCCCAGAAAAGACAAAAAGUCCAGAAAUAAAUACUUCCAAGGAACAGCUAGUAAAACUGGAUCAGCAGAAAGAGCUGACACUCCAACAACAACCCGUGCAGGUGUCACCACCACCAUUGCCGUUACCGACAGCCAAUGUGGAAGCCAUCAAUUUCCUGGCUUCGAUCACUUCUGAGGAACUGGCGCUGAUACUCUUCACCGAUUCUCUGGUCACAAUUUCUGAUACGGGGAAGGAGCUGGGUGAAUUUACUGUCUCUGUUCAUCCCACCAUCUACAAGGGAGAGCAGUGUGUGAGAGUCACUGCCAACAGCCACGGCUCCAUUGACAACAUUCCCUGUGGAACAUCCAUCUCAGCCCACAUCUCUAAUAAACUCGAAACAUUGCAGCUACACCACCAUGAAUACAUAAAGUUGAAGGAUCACUCUCUGGUUAAAGAGACGUUAAUGAAGAAGGAAGAUGUUUAUGUCUUGACAAGGGACGUCACUAUGGCUGAGAAUGUGAAGUCUGAGACUUUGAGCUUCAGUCAGACAGACAUGGAGGGCUUUGUGUCAGAAGCAAGUAACCUGUUGCUUUUACGCAUUAUGGCCCGACGAAAUAAUGUUCCUGACAACAUGGUCUUCCUCUCGUUUGACACUGAAAUGCAACUUUCCACUUGCACGUAUCUGAAUCUGGGACCUAGGACGAUGAUGAUUGGGAAAAGUGAAUGUGAGGUCCUUAGCAUCCAGAGAACAAUUCACUCACAGGCAAACAGUCCCAUGAGCUGGCAGAGCAGCUUCUUGCCAGAUGGACAUUUGACCAGCAGGGUGCAGGUGGGCUCUCCUAUUACAAUGAGGCUGAAGCAACUACCUCACAUCAUAGAAACAGAUGUGGAAGAUCCCAAACCAGUUUUUGAGAAGAAACCACUGAACUGGGAGGAAGAUAUGCAACUCUAUUUUAAAUUUCUUGACAGAACGGAGGCCCUGAAAGCGGACUACAGCAGCUACAUUAGGCACCACCCAGAACUGAAGAGCAUAUUGGCUGAUUUCCUGCAGUUCCUCCUCCUCAGAAAACCACAAGAUGUCAUCACCUUUGCUGCAGAAUAUUUCUCCUCCUUCUCCACCUUCAGCACAGAGCAGUCACCCUUUCUGACCUCCAAAAAAUUGAGUCCCUUCAAAGAACCUUAAGUUUUCAUUAAAAUGCUUAAGUGUAUAACAAGUUUUUUCUGUAAAACAUAUUUAUAAC